AUGUUGGCGAUUAAGCCUGAUAAUUCUAGACGUGUCAAGACACUGGAACUAGAAGUUGGUAGGAUAAACGUCUCUGGCGGAGGCGUAUUGCUUGGAGAACCAAUAGGCCUCUCUGACAAUAUUUCGUUUGAAUGGAUCGACAACUCAUAUCAAUGGGAACCAAAAAUACAAAAGCUGAAAGAGGAUCAAUACGCGUUGACCCUUGAAAUGGAUCCGAGUGAACUCAAGUCGAAGCAAGAGCGAUUGAAUCAAGAAUUUUUGGAGCGGACUCCUUCAAUCUUUGGUGCUCCUAACUGCAACCGAGAUAAUUCUCCAAUUGAUACGCCAAAACGAAGAGCCUUCCAGAAGUACAUGAAAGAGGAAUUUGGUCCAAGGUUCGCCAGUCUUGCCAAAACAGAUCUCAGAGCGUUUGAAGAACUGCUCAUGACCGAACCACUUGGAUUAUGGAACAGCAAUGAAUUGGAGGAUGAAAUGCAUGGUGAGGUACUGAAGAAUCCCGCUGCUUUAAAAGUGAUGUACGCGGUUCUCAAGAGUCGCUAUCAAUCUGGCGAUGUUGACGCCUAUAGGCGUUGGAUUGAUACCUUUGACGGAACUCCAGGAUACACCAGUGAUGGUGACAGUUACUGGGAUCCUGUUCCAGUGGAUUUACCCAGACCAUUGGCUUUGCGGUCGCUCCCGAAAUCAAUGGCCAGAUUUGAUAGCAAAGAAGCUGAAGACAUAUUCAUGAGUAUCUACAAUGGAAUUUUUGACGUCAAAUGGAUGGCAGGAAGUCGCGAUGAACAUCCGGACGAGGUAGUUUCAUUUUCGAGACACCUGCCACCGGAGGCAAACUUCAAGUUCUCGUCCUUGACUGCAUUUGCCCAAAACCGCUCAGAAGUUAUGACGACUAAUAUUGUGAUUAUGCCCAUGCCGGGGAACCCAAAUCAAGCUGCCACAUUGCAAACUUUCAACACUGAGGACCCGUACAAGUCGAUGUUUACAGUCGAGCAGAAGUCUAUCUUGAGUCACCGACUAGUCCAUUGCCUGAACAGCGUGGGCGAGGCCAUGGAAGCGGCAAAAAAGUUCGAAGCUGCUGCCAAAGUCUAUGGAGAGUCCGCCAGACUCAUGGCAUCGAAGAAGAGAUAUUCGAACGCUGCAAGCUUAUUUCAGAAUGGAGGUCUAGCGCACAGGCGCUCCAAUAAAUUCGAAAGCGCUGAGAGCGCAUGUAUUUGA